GGGCCCGGGGGCCAAGGGCCCCGGCUGUGGCUGCGGGCCCGCUUUCAGGCGCUGCUCUUCGCCCUGGGCUGCCGGAUCCAGCGGCACUGCGGGAAGGUGCUCUUCGUGGGGCUGCUGGUGUUCGGGGCGCUGGCCGUGGGGCUGCGGGUGGCCUCCAUCGAGACCGACAUCGAGCACCUCUGGGUGGAAGCGGGCAGCCGAGUGAGCCAGGAGCUGCGCUACACCAAGGAGAAGCUGGGCGAAGAGUCCGUCUACACCUCCCAAAUGUUGAUCCAGACCCCGAAGCGGGAUGGGGAGAACAUCCUGACGCAGGAGGCCCUGCAGCUCCACCUCGAGGCGGCCCUGGCCGCCAGCAAAGUCCAAGUCUCGCUGUACGGAAAAUCGUGGGAUUUGAACAAGAUCUGCUACAAGUCGGGUGUCCCCAUCAUUGAGAACGGCAUGAUCGAGAGGAUGAUAGAGAAGCUGUUCCCCUGUGUGAUCCUGACGCCGCUGGACUGCUUCUGGGAAGGCGCCAAGCUGCAGGGAGGCUCAGCCUACCUCCCGGGCCGCCCGGACAUCCAAUGGAGCAACCUGGACCCUCUGCAGCUGAUGGAGGAGCUGGGGCAGUUCACGUCACUGGAAGGCUUCAAAGAGUUGCUGGACAAGGCAGAGGUGGGGCAGGCUUAUGGGGACCGGGAGGAUUGCGGGGGGCUUGCUGCUCUUCUGCCCACCCCAUGGUCCAAAUCUCUGAUGCCUCCCCUCUGCCUGCAGAGCCCCGACAUCCCAGCCGAGCUCUCAGGGGGUUGCCACGGCUUCUCCAGGAAGUUCAUGCGCUGGCAGGAGGAGCUGAUUUUAGGUGGCACGACCAAAGACUCCCAGGGCAAGCUGCUACGCGCCGAGGCCCUGCAGACCAUGUUCCUCCUCAUGAGCCCCCGGCAGCUCUUUGAGCACUUCAAGGAUGACUAUGAGAUCCAUGAUAUCAGCUGGAGCGAGGAGAAGGCGGGUGCCAUCCUGGAGGCCUGGCAGAGGAAAUUCGUGGAGCUGGCACAGGACUCCAUCCCGCCCAAUGCCACGCAGAGCGUCCACGCUUUCUCCACCACCACGCUCAACGACAUCAUGAAGUCCUUCUCUGACGUCAGUGUCAUCCGGGUGGCUGGGGGCUACCUCCUCAUGCUGGCCUACGCCUGUGUCACCAUGCUGCGGUGGGACUGCUCCAGGUCCCAAGGGGCCGUGGGCCUGGCCGGGGUCCUGCUUGUGGCUCUCUCCGUGGCCUCUGGCCUGGGGCUUUGCUCAUUGCUGGGCAUCUCCUUCAAUGCAGCCACCACACAGGUCCUGCCCUUCCUGGCCCUUGGCAUUGGUGUGGACGACAUGUUCCUCUUGGCUCAUGCCUUCACUGAGACCAGCCAGCACAUCCCCUUCAAGGAGCGGACGGGCGAGUGCCUGAAGCGCACGGGAACCAGUGUGGCUCUCACCUCCGUCAGCAACAUGAUCGCCUUCUUCAUGGCAGCCCUGGUGCCCAUCCCUGCCCUGCGCGCCUUCUCCCUCCAGGCUGCGGUGGUUGUGGUGUUCAACUUUGCCAUGGUGCUAUUCGUCUUCCCUGCCAUCCUGAGCCUGGACCUGUAUCGCCGGGAGAAACGGCGGCUCGACAUCCUCUGCUGCUUCUACAGCCCUUGCUCCUCACGGGUCAUCCAGAUCCAACCCCAGGAGCUCGCCGAUGCUAAUGACAACCACGCCUGCCACCCCUCCCCUUAUGGGCACCCCGGCGUGGCCACCAGCACCCAGAUCACCACCACCGUGCAAGCCUUCACCCGGUGCGACCCCUCAGGCCACCAUGUCGUCACCGUCCUGCCACCCACCUCCCAGGUGUGCACCUCACCUGCCGUCCUCCUGCCCCCCACCGACCCCCUGGGCUCUCAGGUCUUCACCUCGUCCAGCUCCACCCGGGACCUGCUGGCCCAGGUAGAUGAAGCCAAGGGUGGGCGGGAGUGUGUCCCCCUGCCUUUUUGCCGCUGGAGCCUUGCUGACUUCGCCCGGGAGAAGUACGCCCCUCUCCUCCUGCGGACCCGGACCAAGGUGGUGGUGGCGGUGUUGUUCCUGGCGCUGCUGGGGCUGAGCCUCUACGGCACCACCAUGGUGCCCGACGGGCUUUACCUGACGGACAUCGUGCCGCGGGACACCAAGGCACAUGCCUUCAUCUCGGCCCAGUUCAAGUACUUCUCCUUCUACAACAUGUUCAUCGUCACCAAGGGUGGCUUCCACUACCCGGGCGCCCAAGCCGCCCUGCUCAGCCUGCACCAGGCCUUCAGCACCGUCAAGUACGUGGUGCGGGAGGGCAACAGCGACCUGCCCAAGAUGUGGCUCCAUUACUUCCAGGACUGGCUGCGAGGGCUCCAGGCCACCUUCGACCGGGACUGGCAAGCUGGGCGCAUCACCCAUGACAGCUACCGCAAUGGCUCUGAAGAUGGGGCGCUGGCGUACAAGCUCCUAAUCCAGACCGGCAACAAGAAGGAGCCCUUCAACUUCAAUCAGCUGACCACGCGGCGGCUGGUGGACGAGAAUGGCAUCAUCCCCCCUGACACCUUCUACAUCUGCCUGACGGUGUGGGCCAGCAAUGACCCCUUGGGCUUUGCCGCUUCCCAGGCCAACUUCUACCCGCCGCCACCUGAGUGGAUCCAUGACAAGUACGACACCACGGGCGAGAACCUGCGAAUCCCAGCAGCCCAGCCGCUGGAGUUUGCCCAGUUCCCUUUCUACCUGAGCGGGCUGCGUCGCACGGCCGACUUCGUGGAGGCGAUCGAAAGCGUGCGGGCCAUCUGCCGGGAGGCCGCCCAGCGCCACGGGGUGCUGAGCUACCCCAGCGGCUACCCCUUCCUCUUCUGGGAGCAGUACAUCGGUCUGCGACACUGGUUUUUGCUGGCCAUCAGCAUCCUGCUGGCCUGCACCUUCCUCGUCUGCGCCCUGCUGCUGCUCAACCCCUGGACGGCCGGCAUCAUCGUCUCCAUCCUGGCCAUGAUGGCGGUGGAGCUGUUUGGCAUCAUGGGGCUGAUGGGCAUCAAGCUGAGUGCCAUCCCCGUGGUCAUCCUCAUCGCCUCGGUGGGAAUCGGUGUGGAGUUCACCGUCCACGUGGCCCUGGGCUUCCUGACGGCUGCGGGGAGCAGGAACGUGCGCUCAGCUGCGGCCCUGGAGCACACCUUUGCCCCCGUGAUGGACGGUGCCGUCUCCACCCUCCUGGGUGUCCUCAUGUUGGCCGGCUCCGAGUUUGACUUCAUCAUGAGGUACUUCUUUGCCGUGCUCACCAUCCUGACGCUGCUAGGGCUGCUCAAUGGGCUGGUGCUGCUGCCAGUCCUGCUCUCCAUCAUCGGACCACCCCCUGAGGCAUCCCCAGUGGAUAAUGCCCCCCGCCUGCCCACUCCGGAGCCGGUGCCCCCAUGCCUGGGCCCCGGAGGGCUGUACGUCCGGCGUGCCCCAGCCUGGCCCGCUACUUUCCCAGACCCCUCGGACACGGAGCGCAGCUACGCAGAGGGUGUGGUGCCGGGCAGUCCCCGGGGGCCCUUCAUUGUGCCCCCCACCCCGGCACACAUCCUGCUGGAGGCCGGCAAGGACCCCAGCUUCCCCCGCAUCACCGUGAGUGUCUCUGCCUGCCGUGGCAUCGCCGGCUCCCCCGCCUCCCCCCGGGGGGGGGGACACUCCCGCUGA